AUGAAGCUUUUCCUGACUGUGCUCCUCGCCUUCUGCCUCCUCCACGUCAUCACUGCUGACAUCUUCUGUAAUGACAAAGGAGAGUGUACUGGAGACGGAAAUCCAUCUGCUGAUACUCGUUGUGGAAACUGUCAUUCGUGUACUUAUAAGAACUGUUGUCAUGUCCGAUUCACCAAUCCAUACACUAAAUGCAACAUUCCUGGAUGGUCUUCUGAUGAGUACAAGAAUAUUCAUGGAUAA